CAUCUGCAGACUCUCUGGCUGAAGGAAACGGUCUGGAGAAAACUUGAGGACAUGCGGCGUCUUCUGUAAACUUUUCCCCAAGCGGACUUUUCUCGGAGCGGAAAAAGGGGAGCGGAGGUGUGAAGAAUGAACUGAGGCCGGGAGGAGAGGAAGAGGAGAGGAGAGGAGGGGGAGAAGAGCCGUUCACUCCCAUUGAUCGAGGUAUUGAUUCAGGCCUGGCUGUGAAAUAACUGCAGAUGCGCGCUGUGACGUCACCCAUCCAGCUGUUUUCACCAGACAAACCUGAAUGACGUGUGCGGUGAUGAUGCAGGCGGCGGCCGCAGCGCUGACCGUGCUCGGCCUGCUGCUCAGCCUGGACUUCCUGUCGGCCCAGCCGUCCCAACCCGACCUGACGACGCGGCAGAAUGACAGCGCCGCCCGCGGCGACGAGGCGGCGCACAAGAGCCCGCCGCACAUCAUAUUCAUCCUCAUUGACGACCAGGGCUUCAACGACAUCGGCUACCACAACCCGACCAUCAAGACCCCGACUCUGGACAAACUGGCGGCGGAGGGGGUGAAACUGGAGAACUACUACGUCCAGCCCAUCUGCACUCCCUCACGCAGCCAGCUCAUCACCGGCAGAUAUCAGAUCCACACGGGGUUGCAGCACUCCAUCAUCAGACCCAGCCAGCCCAGCUGUCUGCCCUCCAACAUGGACACUCUGCCGGAGAGGCUGCGUGAGGCGGGUUACACCACACACAUGGUGGGGAAGUGGCACCUGGGCUUCUACAGGAAAGAAUGUCUGCCAACAAGAAAAGGUUUUGACACGUUCUUCGGUUCCUUGACAGGAAGUGUAGAUUACUACAGGUACGGGUCCUGCGAUGGCCCGGGAGUGUGCGGCUACGAUCUCCACGACGACGAGGAGGUGGCGUGGGGCUACGAGGGGAAGUACAGCACCACGCUGUACACGCAGAGAGCUCGCAAGAUCCUGGAGAGCCACGACCCGGCCAAGCGGCCGCUCUUCCUGCUGCUGUCCCUGCAGGCGGUGCACACCCCCCUGCAGCCCCCCAAGUCCUACAUCUACCCCUACAGGGACAUGGCCAACGUCGCCCGCAGGAAGUUUGCCGCCAUGGUCUCCACGGUGGACGAGGCGGUGCGGAACGUCACCUACGCCCUCCGGAAGUACGGCUACUACAGGAACAGCGUGAUCGUCUACUCCACCGACAACGGCGCCCAGCCCUUCACCGGCGGGAGCAACUGGCCGCUGCGGGGCAGAAAGGGAACGUAUUGGGAAGGCGGAGUCCGAGGAGUGGCGUUCGUGCACAGUCCUCUGCUGAGACGCAGGAGACGGGUGUCCAGGGACCUCCUCCACAUCACGGACUGGUUCCCCACGCUGGUGGGACUCGCAGGCGGGAACAUCAGCCAGAGCCGGGGACUGGACGGGUUCGACGUCUGGCCCACCCUCAGCGAGGGGAGGGAGUCGCCCCGUCAGGAGAUCCUUCACAACAUCGACCCGCUCCACCGACCCCCGAGCUCAGGUGGCCCCGGAGCAGAGAAGUCCGCAGUGAGCACCUCUAAAGGAGCAGCAUUUAAGAAACCAAAGAAGAAGAAGAAGAAGAAGAAGAAAAAGAAGAAGAAGGUCCUGAGGCAGAAGCAGAAUGAAAAGUCUACGUUUAGGUUGAAGGCCACCAAGACGUCCCUGACGCUCUCCCAUCACGCCGUGGCCCCAGAGAAGUCCAGGCCCUUCAAACAGAAGCUGAAGCCCGUCCUGAAACCCAAACCCGAGACCCGGGUCCGCUCGCACCGGCAGCCCCGGAUCCACCACGGGUCCCGGGUCCAGUCCAGCGGCUAUCCCUCGGCCUGGGAGACGUCUCGGCCUCAGACGCAGCCGAGGCUCAAGUCCAAGAGGACGGCGUCCCGGGAGGAGAGCUUUUCCCCGUCGGGACUUCCUCCGAGGUCCGAGCCCAGUCCGUUCCGGUACGGGAACCUGUCGGGGACCGAGCGGCCCGGGUCCCGGCCCACCGCAGACUCCCUGCUCCGGUCCACCGCCCCCCCGGUGUGGGACGCGUCGGUGCAGGCCGCCAUCCGGGUGGGAGACUGGAAGCUGCUGACCGGAGACCCGGGUCACGGGGACUGGGUCCCGCUGCAGAUGCUGCCCACCCUGCCGGGUCGCUGGUGGAACCUGGAGCGCACCGCGCCGCCUCCCCACAAGUCCUCGGCCCACAAGAACAUCUGGCUGUUCAACAUCACGGGCGACCCGUUCGAGCGGCAGGACCUGGCGGAGCGGAGGCCCGAGGUGGUGCGGCGGCUGCUGGCGCGGCUCGCCCACUACAACCGGACGGCCGUGCCGGUCUACUUUCCCCCCGACGACCCCAGGGCCCACCCCGACCACCACGGCGGGGCCUGGGUCCCCUGGGUGGGCCAGGACGAGGAGGAGGACGGGAAGUACCAGGGGGUGUACAAGACGGGCAAGAGCGGCAAGAAGAAGAAGAAGAAGAAUAAGUGCCGACUGUGCAAGCUCAAGUCCUUCUUCCUGAAACUGAACACGGGGAUGAUGUCCAACCGCAUCUGAGGCGCCGGCGUCCCGGGGUUCAAAGACUUGGGAGGAAGUCUCUUUUGUUUGUAGCUUUUACAUUGUCUUUGUGGCGACGCGCCGGGUUUUAUCUCAUCACGUCUUUUCCCGCGGUACGUCCAGGCGUGGUGGUCUGAGAUGACGCUGACGCUGCUCCUGGACCGCCACAUCCUCGUCCUUCAGGCCCGUCCUGCUGAAACUUAAUUCACGUUUUAGUCCCGCUCAGACGUCUGCUGCCCUGGAAGCGAACGCAGCGCAGUUGAAUGCUGUUUUAGGUGUUUUAGGACCAGAGGUGGACAGAGUACUCGACCCCAGUACUUGAGUAAGAGUACAAAUACUACUGGUCAGAAUUUACUCCGUUACAAGUAAAAGUAGCUCAGUCAAAAUAUUACUCGAGUAAGAGUAGAAAAGUACUUGCUUUUAAAGGUACUUAAGUAUCCAAAAGUAAAUGCUUUUAAAUUUACUUUAAGUAAAAGUAAGAGUAAAAGUACAUUUCUUAUUUUCCACAUCAGUAAAUUACUAUAUUUUUUCUAAAUUAAUUUAAGGAUCUUUUAACUCUUGUUUCUGAGAAUGAACUCUUUGAAACCAGCUGCACUGAUGUGCUGCUUUUAGAACCACAAUGUUACAUAAAACCUGCAGAAACACCAAAAACAAAUCAAAUGAAUGGGAUCAUAAGAGGACAGCAGAUGAUGCAGAGUUUAUUAACAAUCUUGCUUGUGUCCAAUAGGAUUUUAGGGAAGAAGAAAAAAGAGCAGACCUGAAAGUAACGAGUACUUUUCAACCUUCCUAGAAAUUUACUCGAGUAAAAGUAAAAAUAUUUGUCUUGGAAAUGUAUUCAAGUAAGAGUAAUAAGUACCAAAUAAAUCUAAUACUCAAGUAAAGUACAAAUCCUCUGGAUAUGUACUUAAGUACAGUACUCAAGUAAAUUUACUCCGUUACUGUCCACCACUGUUUUAGGACUAGAUUCAGACCUGGAGGCGACGGUUGUUUAUGAUUUUCUGAACCCGGUAAGCCACCAGGCCGGUUUUUAACGUUUCCUGCUUCCACCAUCACAGAUGCAGCUGUCAGUUAGUCCGUCUCCGAGGCCGUUCCUAGUCAAAUACCGCCAUCGCUUUUAUUGGUUUGGGCUUUUAACAGCUGGAUAAAUACCUCAGAGGCCGAUCAGGGAUCAGCCGAUCAGCUAAUCAGCCUGGACGACGGCAUCGAUCAAAGAAAUGAUCCCGUCCAGAUCAAACGUGGUGUUGUUUGGCUCAUUUUGGAUGAUGUAGAUCUCAAUUUUGUACUUUUAUAGCACAUUAACAAAAAUAAAAGGGUCGUACGGUGACGUAGGAACACCAGUGGACGAGUGAGCGUUGACAGUUUUGUAGGAAACCCGGUUGAUCCCAGAUGUUACGGGCCAUUCAUCUUGCUCGAUUUGAAAGUAUGAGUCAUCAUGUAAGCCCUCCCCCCUUCUCCGUCCAACAACGUCCUGCUUCAGCUGCCGGUACAACGUGCACGCCAAUCCGGCCCACUAGACCUCAGUUUAAAACCCGAUUCAGAUAGAAGAGGGAUUUCUGUGAACUGACCCGUCAGAGGUCAAACCUCCGUCUUUUGUGUAAAUGUGUUUUUUUUUUUUCUUCAAGCUGCCGUCUGAUUUAUUCUCAUUCACUGUGUUUUUAACUCUGUUUUCUUCUUUUAAACUUUGUCUCACGAACUGACAGACGUCCUCCCGGCGGUGAAAUGUGACUGAUUAUUGAUGUUUAACUUUGAGCAGAAUCUGAAUGCAGAUUUUAGUUGUUUACACUUUUAUUUCAUUCACUCCAGCCAGGACUUUGAGGUGAACUUGACGUGCACGUUCACCUCAGUAGAUCCGUGUAUUGUGGAGUGUUUUGAUGCGCCUGUGAGGUUCUAGUCGCGUCUCUGUGAUCUGAACCUGCGGGGAAAGCCCGGACGACGUGUUUGGACGCCUCAGGAUCCCAGAUUACAUCACAGAUCCAGGUUUCCCAAAAACACAAGAGCUUCUGGAGAAAAAAGGGAAUCAGGAUGUUUAAGAAGUUGCAAUGUUGUCAUGUGAAACGUGGCUGUAAUGAUGGUUCGGUAUAAAAACAAGUCUUUGAG